AUGGCGGUCGGCGUGAGCCGAGCUCGUUUCCUCUUCCUCCUACGGGCUCAUCAGAUGCCAAAUCAAAGCCACAGGCUGUCCCGGUGCUGGUCUCUCUCCUGGUUACGCGUGGCAGAGGUCUCCGGCUGGGUGGCAAAGUUUUCUUCCUUUUGCAAAGCGCAGCAACAUUUUCCUCCCACUCGGCUCCUCCCACAGAUCCCCAGAGGUAACGUGCAAGGCAGGUGCAGUGGAACGCGGGGAUCUGGGAAACGAGCCCCCUCGGCUCGUGCCCAGGUGGAGACUCCGGCGAGAGUGGGACAGUUGGCGUGCGGAUGUGACCCUCGGCCGCAGAAUAAAGCCGCCCGGAGCCUGGAACCGGGGCCGUCCUCCGGGCGCGAGGGAGGGAGGGAGGAGGGGAAGGAGGAGGCGCAAACGCGGGCUCGGCGCGUGGGGCUCGGGCUCGGCUGCGAGCACAAGUUGCGGCGCGGCUCGCGCGACCCCGCGGGCAGAGGGGGCCGGGCGCCGUGUGCCCCACACCGGCGCCGCGGUCCCGGGGUCGGCAGGGGGCCCGCGCGGACGCCGCGGGGAGCGCGGGACGGCGGGAGGCGGCGUGCACCCAACAGGAAGUGGGCGCCGCACGGCUCUGCGUGGUCCCCGCGCCCCGUGGCGUGCCCGGCGGGCGGGGGCUCCCUCCCCUGCGGCCACGGUGACGCGGGACUGGCUCGCGGCUGCUUUCUGACCCGCGUCGCGCGGUCCCCGGCCUCUCUGUUCGGGCCCGAGCCCCUGAAACACGCCCAUGCGGCCGUCCUCCGCCGACCCGGCCGCGGCGGGAGCGCAGGCGUGCGGUGGGAUGCGCGUGGAUCCGCACGUGCUGCGCGGGGCACCGCGGCCGGCGGGCGGAACGCGCGCGGGGUGCGGCGGGGGUCGCCGGGACUGCGGCUUGGCACGCCUGGAUCCACCCCGCCCCGCCCCGCCCUCGCGGUCCGGUUCGCCCGGAGUUGCGCAGUGGACCCGCGAUAGCGCCAGGAGAAGCUGACCAGGCAAUUUUUUCUUUCUGAAAGAGAUGAACACAUUCGUCGUAUAUCUGCCGACCAGCGGGGUCUUGCCAGGGAGGGAUGCAGUGGUGGUCUGGCUUUGGGGUUCCCUCGGAACCCCAGCUUGGCCUCCACCUUGCGGCCUACCCAGUCUUCUCAGCCAGUAGCUGCAUAUAGAAUGCCCCGGCCUGCAACUUCUCAAGAACAACGCCAGGACACCGACCCUGAACGGGACAGCCACCUUUUCCUUGGAGACAGCAUCACUGGGUUUGCCUUCUGCCCAGGGUCCACACUGUUUCUCGUCUCUCCGUGGUUGCCGAUCCUGUUUUUAUGGAAAAAAAAAUCUCAUUUGGGGGGUUAUAGAGUUUAUAUGUAAAUUUUUUUGCCAAGAAUGAAGCAGAGGCUGUUCGUGGUCACUAAGUAGCAAAGUGACCCCCUCCUCUUCCCAGGGCCCUGGCAGUUAGGACAGGGGUAGACAGUUCAUCCCGGCCGAGGAGACGGGAGUGGCCUGUGUCACUACUUCUGGGCCGCGCAGGAAAGACUCGGUCCGUCUCCUCUAUUUUCCUUUGCCAUGAACUUGGAGGUCACGUGUGCCCAGUGGCAUAGGACGUGUGUUGGGCCCAGGGGUGUCAAACUCAUUUC